GCGAAACUACGAGACGCGAAGUCGUGUGGUGCGCGUUCGCGACUAAAAAUCAAGUCACAGGAAAAGUUUUUUCAUUUUUUUUUACAUCAGCCAAUCGUUAGUACUUUUCAGUGUGACGUUGAUUUGUGUUUUUUAAAAAAUGUUUUAUGUGCACGGAUGCGCAAUAUCUUUAGAUUCCGAAUAACUUAAUAUCACACCCACAUUUAUUGUUGUGGUGAUAAGAUAGUAACUCAUAUAAAAAACAUCAUAAAAAACAAUUCAGUACAGGAUGUUUCAUCUGAUGGUGGUGACGUUUUUCGCUGUGGCACGCUGCAACCCGAUGCCCGACGAGUGGGUCGGCACUUCGCCGUUCAGCCACUUCACAGCCGACGAAGACCACAGGUACAACGACGUUUUCACGUCGGCUUUCCUCAACGUUAGUUACAACGACGCGAGAGGUUACCACACCGACAAAACCGAAGUGGGCCGGUACGGGGGCGGCCCCAUAGGCUCCAUGUUCGGCAAGAUCGUCCACGUGACCUCCAAGACGGACAAAAACGACCAUUCCGGGUGCACUUUGCCGCUGAUGAGCUCCAAUGGCGACGGGGCGUUGCCCCUGCCCGGCGAACCCUGGAUAGCUCUUGUGAAGAGGGGAAGGUGCAGCUUCGAGACCAAGGUGGAGCACGCUUUUCACAGCGAGGCCUCCGGGAUUUUGAUUUACAAUGACAGGGACAGUGCCAAUUUGGACAGGAUGUCAUUGUCCACAGAAUCUUACCGAAAUAUCAGCGCUGUUUUCAUCUACAGAUGGAAAGGCGAGGAGUUGGCAAGACUUGUAAGGAUUCACGAAGACGUGUCAGUUUUUAUUACGGUUGCUGGACAAACUGUUUCUAGAUCGGCUAGUAUAAACAGGACUUCCGUAUUGUUCGUUUCCAUUACGUUUAUAAUUUUAAUCAUCAUUUCGCUGGCCUGGCUCAUAUUUUAUUAUGUACAACGAUUCCGAUACUCGCACGCAAGAGAAAGACUUUCAAAGAGACUGAACAGCGCUGCGAAAAAAGCUGUCUGCAAAAUUCCAACGAGAACGCUAAAAAGCGGGGACAAGGAGAUACAAGGUGAAGCUGAAUGCUGCCCAAUUUGUAUAGAAGCCUAUAAAUCAGGAGACGUGAUAAGACUUUUGCCCUGUAGUCACGAUUAUCACAAGGUGUGCAUAGACCCAUGGCUGCUGGAGCACCGCACCUGUCCCAUGUGCAAAAUGGACAUCCUGAAACACUAUGGAUUCGUGUGUUCAGACAGUCAGGAGAGCAUAAUUCAAGUGGUGGAGUCACAGACAUUUAAUUUCGAUCAAAAUCGCCCCGCUGGAGAAGUGAAUACUAUCGCAAUAGUUCAAGAGGCAAAUCAAUCGAGUUCAGAUGAAGACAGCAGAUCCCCAUCUCCGAACGAGAUGACGCCCAGCAUAUCCAGAGAGAACCAGUCAGAAAAACACCAAGCAGAAAUAUUUGCAAACGAACAAUCAACAUCAACAACGUAUUAUUGACUUUAAAUUUAAAAAAAAGACAAAAACGUUAAUAUAUUUUGAGACUGAGUUAUUUUCACCUAGGACCUGCUUUAUCUCGUCUGUUUGUAGACUAUGAACAAAUGUUAAAUAAGUUAAAAUAACCUGUAUUAUAAAUAUUUUUUGACAUGUGGUUUUUGCAGGAGAGUGCAUAAAUGUGAUAUAUCUUACUGUCUUGAAUGCUGAAUGUGUUCUGAGUUACUUAAUUUUAUUGUGAUAUUUAUACCUACCUUAUAAGUUAGACUUAAGCCUUAAAAAUAUCUUAAACCAUAUAAAAGACUCAAUAAGUAAGUACUUAAUUAAUUUAUAUAAAAAAACCUUGUUACAAGAUACUUUUACUAUAAUUUUGUAUUUAUGUUGUAUAUAUUUAGGCUAUUUUGUAUUAUUAUUGACAAUAUAUUUAAAGUUUCA